UGGGCGCGUCUGUAGUGUAGUCCCGCGGCUGCAUGUGUGGAGGAGCAGGAGUCUCAUUUCCACAAAAAAUGGGUUUCCUAAACGCGUUCCUAUGUGCUGUUCGGGGUUCUGCCUUCCAUAUUGUGAAUAAGGGAGGUGUAAAUAGACAGUUCCCCAUGAGAAUUUCUCAGCCACUCUUGCAGUGUAGGAUGUUGAUGCUAACUCACUGCUUGAAGAACCAAGAGAAGGCGAGCCCUUCCGAAAAGUUGGAUCUAGACACGUGGAAAACUAUUUUAAGGAGUGCCGCACCAAAGCCUGAAAGUGAAGAAUGUGAAGAAGAAACGCAAGAGGAGUCCACCAUAGAAAGUAUGGAGAAACUUGUUGACAUGUGGAGACUGGCAGGAAAGGCUGUACCUGAUUCUAUUAGCACAGAGGAACUACAGGUCCUUCUGAAGCUUGCCACAAAGUCUUCCAGAAGAAAAUACUUGAAACAACUCCAACUUAAAGAACAUAAAAAGAAAAACAAGCAAAAAAAGAAAUUGGAAAAAGAGCAGACAAAGAGUGAUAUUGAGAUGGAGAUGAACACUGAAAAACCAAGUUCCUACUUCUUGAAGUUCUGGAGUAGGUCAGAAGAUUGCUUUGAUGCAUGGCGAGGUGCCCAAGCAAUGAUAUUUGGCCAGCCUCUAGUAUUUGAUAUGGUUUACGACCGUUACAUGUCACAGAGGGAAAUGGAAAAUACAGUGAGCCAGCUUCAGAUGUCUGAAGGUUUCAACAGAAAGUCGAUGGAGCCCUUUCAUAUCCACUUCUGUAAUUUAAAGCCCAAUGGUCCAUACCAUGAAGAAUUGGUGAAACGUUACCAAGGUGCCUGGGAUAAUCUCUUAAUAACUGCCACUGAAAAGUCUCAUGUGGACAUCUUCCCCAAAGAUCGGCUGGUUUACCUGACCGCUGACUCUCCAAAUGUGCUAAAGACCUACGACCAUGAUAAAAUUUACAUCAUUGGUGCUUUCGUUGACAAAAGUCAGAAGACUGGAGUGUCUUUAGGAAAUGCCAAGCGGCUGCAGUUAGCCACCGCGCGACUACCAUUGGACAGCUUUCUGAAGUGGAACUGUGGAGGGAAAAAUCUCACCCUGAACAAUGUGAUUGAAAUCCUGAUGACUCUAAGGGACACUGGGGACUGGGCGAAAGGACUGUCAUCUGUACCGACAAGAAAGCACCAUGGAUUUAGGGAAAGAUGUGACUCUUCCGAAGCAGUCUUGUCAAAUACUAAACUAUAUGAGCUAAUGAAAAAGAAGGCCACAGACCAGAAAAAGGAGUCUCAGACGGAUUUUGCGCAGCAGGGGCCUAAAGACUGGUGGCAAGAGAAGGACUAAUGUAAAGCAUAGUAAAUCUUAUUUUUAGAAGUUUUAUACUUGUGUAAUUUACUUUAUUGCAUGAAUAUAGGCAUAAUGAAUACUGAAAUAAAACACAUAAGGAUAGCCUCCACAGCAGUACAAUACCCUUAUCCGUAUGACAUGUACAGCGGAAGUUGCCAUUUUAACCCUUAAGAUACCGGAGAUACUUUUUUAUUAUUCUUUCUGAUCUUCCUUGAGCCGUAAGUCUAC